GGAAGGGCCCAAGAGGCUGAGGAAAGCAACACAUCAGGGACAUUCUGCCGCAGAUAAUGACCAUCAUGGACCAGAGCCUGGACGAAGCCCAGGCCAAGAAACACGCCCUAAACUGCCACCGAAUGCAGCCCGCUCUCUUUAACGUCCUCUGUGAGAUCAAGGAGAAGACCGGCCUCAGCAUCCGAAGCUCCCAAGAGAAGGAGCCGAUGGACCCCCAGCUUAUGUGCUUGGACAGCGUUCUGGCAGAAGGCGUGGCUGAGCCUGAGAAAGGGAGUGGGGGGGGCUUGGUGGCAGCCACUGCAGCUGCAGCAGCUUCCAGGAGCGGUGUGUCCCCUGACUACUCCAUCGAACACUCAGACCAUCACAAACUGGCCCAGAUCCACCAUGUCUCCCACUCGGAGCUGGAGAAGUAUGAGCAGGCAUCUGACGAGUUCACGACCCACGUCAUGAACCUGCUGAGGGAGCAGAGACACACGAGGCCCGUGGCACCCAAGGAGAUGGAGCGGAUGGUGCGCAUCACACACCGUAAGUCCAGCGCCAUCCAGACGUCGCUCAAGCAGAGCACCCGCCAGGCCAUUGUGAUCCCGCGCUCCCGCUUCCUGGAUGCCGGACGGAAACGCCGGAACAUCAGCAAACAGGCCACCGAGGUCCUAAACGAGCAUUUCUGUUCCCACCUGAGUAACCGGUAUCCCCGUGAGGAGGCUAAGGAGGAGCUCCUCGCCGAGAAGUGUGGGAUCACCGUCUCUCAGGUCUCCAGCUGGUUUGGCAACAACAGGAUUCACUGUAAGAAAAAUACCGGAAAGUUUAAAGAGGAAGCAGACAUCUGUGCCAUCAAGACCGCCGUGUCUGUCACCCUGGGCCACAGCCGCACCAGCUCCCCGACACCCCUUCCUCCGCAGGCCUGGGGCCCUUUCAGUCUUUCGGGAUCCGGAGACCUGUUUCUGGGGGUGCUCGGGCUCAACGGAGGUUCCUACCCUGCUUCCCAGGCGGAAUCACUCCGACACUCGAUGGGCCCAGGGAGCUACGGAGAUAACCUCGGGGGCGGCCAGAUGUACAGCCCUCAGGAAAUGAGGGCAAACGGCGGCGGCCGGCAGGAGGCUGUGACCCCGUCCUCAGUGACGUCCCCAACAGAAGGACCAGGGAGCGUUCUGACCAGAGACAGACUUACUGAUCCAAGUGAUCUCACCCCUCAGGGCCACAGGGUGGGGGCUCACGAGGUGGCUCUUGCCAAGAGGACAAAGGCAUCCAGAGGACAAGCCCCAGACACAGGAGAAGCACAGAUGGAGAAGGGCAAAUGGGGUUGCUCUACCCCAGCCGGCUCAGUGGUAGCUACUACAUGGCAAGGAGAAAGGGGUCCCCUAAGGGGAAGGGGGGGUCUGUCUCCCUUUUUUCCCUUCUUUUCAAUCGUUUGCUCUCCCCAUUUCUUACACAGAAACUCACACAGAACCCUAUCUUUCAUAUCCUCUCUCAUAGACACAUUAACAACUAUUCUGUUUCUCUCUCUCUCUCUCUUGUUUCACCCAUUCUCUCUCCCCCACCCCUUAUCUGCUCUGGGAUCUGUGGAGACGCCAGCCUUGCCCUAUCUACCAGAGAUGCCAAAAAUGGGGACACAAUGUCUGGAUAAAUGGCCUGGCCACACCUCUGGGCCUCCCGCCCCUCCCCUCCACGUGGCUUUAUUACCUCAUAUGCAGCUCAUCCUAAACCAAUAGAAUUGCUCGGUG